CACGUAGAGAAUCAACUUGGGCCCUGUCAGACUUUCCCAACACGCAUAUCACAAAGGACAGCGCCUCUGAAAUUACAGCAAUCGCUUCAGGAGCACUCGCAAGGCCGGGUCUACCUUUGCAGCGUCGCGGGGGUAAACCUUGUCCGUAGACCUCGAGUAGUUGGCCAACUCCCCAAUGCUACCGAACCGUUUGGGGGUUCUGUGGGUGUCCCAGCACUCAAGCAGGUCAAUGAUGUUGACAUAAACCUUCGACAGGGCCUGUGCACGCAAUGAAAGGUAAAUAAGAUUGUGAUCAUCAACCAAUCAAGAGAGUGACCCACCUUUUUGCACUUGGUGAUCGAGGGAAAGACGGCAAUGCCAACCUUCGUGCACAUUCUUUGCCAAGUCUCGAUCUUGCUUACUUGGGCCCCAAUACGACUCUGGUAGUCGGCCUUCAUGCACAGGUUCCAGUUUUUUCUCCAAGUCUUCGACCGGUGCUUCCACUUCCGUUGCUGGGCCAGACGCUUGAACUCCUUGGUAAUCGGCGCGUCGGGAUGGUAGUCGAAUUCAGGGAAUCGAGCGAAGAAAUCCAGUCGACUAUCCAUGUUUCCUGAUGGCAGGCCGUGGGGAGAUCUGUGGUGAAGGCUGAAAGGUCAGUCAGUAAGCGGUUGAUGAGGCUUCAGUUGGGGACGAACCAGGAAAUACAUACUUCUGGUGUGGGAGGAUAAAAGAAUGGAAGAUGGAGGAUAGAGGGUGGAGGUAAAGGAUUAGGCAGGGUAUCCCAGCUGACGAUGGGAAACGAAAAUAGUCAGCUGUAAGAAGAAAGAAAGGUAAGAACAAAGAUCGUGGGGGAGACAAAACGAGAUCCUCUCGAUGGACGGCGGGGAUUCUGCUUGGGGUAUUCCGCUUGGGAUAUUCCGCUUCAUGUAAACAAUUUGAGCCGGAACUUUCCAUGUGCAGGCUUCCUGAGAACGACCGAGUCGAGACUGCCCUUGGAUGAGUCGGUCAAAAGCGUUCCUUUCCACUGCUCCUCCUUGGUCUAUGAUCCGCCAUUACUUUACUUCGAACCGUGUUGAGUCAAAAUGUUGUUCUUCGCUAAGCUGCGGCUACUUGCAUCCACCUUGUUUGCAGCCCUCGAUGGGUUGACAUCGUUGCCUCUCCGGGCUCAACUUCAAAAUGCCUUCAAUGGAUGGUCAUCACCUCCUUGGGAUGCGACCUACGACUAUGUGGUCAUUGGGGGAGGCACAGCGGGCAUCACAGUGGCAUCACGCCUGGCCCAGAACGGAUUUCACGUUGCGUUGGUGGAAGCUGGAGGCUACUACGAGUGGAUUCAUCCUAUCUCCAAGAUUCCGGGUGCUGCGACGAUUGGAAUUGGGGCCAGCAUUUCAACGGCGUCUUCGGUGGACUGGAAGUUUGUCGCUGAGAAUGUCCGUGGUGCAAACUAUCGGGAUAUCCACUAUCCUCGAGGAAAGUGUCUGGGAGGAUCAACGGCGUUGAACUUUAUGAUCUACCAGCGUCCCUCCAAAGGCGCAAUGGAUCGAUGGGCCGAACUCGUGGAUGAUCCCAGUUACACCUUUGAGAACACUUGGAAAUAUUUCAAACGGACUGUAUUCUUCACUGGGCCAACAUCUCGAUCCGGAUGCGUAAGAACACCAUAUAACGAGUCGUCAUUUGAAGACUCCGGGGAGCCACUGCAGGUUUCUUAUCCCCAGUACGCGAUGCCUUUCUCCAGUUGGGUCCGACGGGCCUUGACCUCGAUCGGAAUACAAGAGGCCGAGGACUUCAACAGCGGUUCACUCAUGGGACACCAGUUCUGCUCAAUGACCGUUCGUCCAAAAGAUCAGUCACGAAGUAGCUCAGAAACGGCGUUCCUUCAAUCUCCGCGAAAUAUGGAGAUGCUCUCAAUCUACGAGAAUACCCUGGCCAAAAAGAUUCUUUUCGACUGGGGGGAUCGAGCUCACGGAGUCAGAGUCCAUGGGAUGUGGGAUUAUACCUUGUGGGCCCGGCGCGAGGUCAUUCUGUCUGCGGGUGCCUUCCACUCUCCGCAGCUACUCAUGCUGUCCGGAAUUGGUCCCGCAAAGAUCCUCCAUGAGCAUGGAAUCAAACCAAUCGUGACUUUACCUGGAGUUGGCCAGAAUAUGUGGGAUCACAUCUUUUUCGGUCCUUCCUAUCGGGUGACUGUUGACUCAUUCUCUGGGAUGGUUCAGAGUCCGACCCGGCUGGCUGCCCAGAUAGCAGCGUAUCUUUUCUCUCAUGAGGGGAUGUUGACCAACCCAUCAACGGACUAUCUGGCGUUUGAGAAGCUUCCAGAUGUGUCGAGGUAUAGCCUAACUAAUCAGGAAGAAGAGAUUCUCUCUUGGUUCCCAAAGGAUUGGCCCGAGAUUGAGUAUUUAGCAGCGUCUGCGUUUGUUGGAAAUUUCUCAGAUCCGUUCUUUCAGCAGCCUCGGGAUGGUGAGUAUGCCUCAAUCGUUGCAAGCAUUGUUGCACCUACGUCCCGCGGCAAUGUGACCCUUCGUUCCGGAAAUGCAGCCGAUCUCCCAAUCAUCAAUCCAAAUUGGUUGGAUACAGAGAUAGACCAAAAACUUGCCGUGGCAGCAUAUAGACGGAUGCGUGACAUGUUUCGAUCUCCAGCUAUGAAGCCCAUAUUGGUUGGGCCGGAGUACUUCCCAGGGCCCGAAACGCAAAGUGAUGAGGAGAUCCUGGAUGUCAUCAAGAAUACUCUCAUGACUAUAUACCACGCAUCUUGCACAUGCAAGAUGGGGACUCGAACUGAUAGCAUGGCUGUCGUCGAUCAUCGGGCGAGAGUCUUUGGUGUCACAGGGCUGCGGGUGGUUGAUGCGAGCGCAUUUCCCUUUCUUCCUCCUGGCCACCCUCAGUCAGUUGUUUAUAUGCUCGCAGAGAAAAUAGCUGCCGAUAUUAUCGAGCCAUGGGCAUGA